UUUUCAAUAGUGAGUGUGUGCAGGAGACAGCAGCUUUUUGCUCCAUCUCAGUCUGAAUCUUGAGCUCCUCCCCCCCGUGCGCGCGGGGCUCCAUUUGAUCAAAUCCUUCAACUUGGACCACUUCGGCUCACACGCACUUUUUGCAACACUGCGUUAGUGCAGCGCUUUAACUUGCGCAGCAGUUCCACAUCCACGCGGCGCUUCCCACCAUCACCAGAGACAGAAAGAAGCCUCCAGCCGACUGUCGCGCGCCAGCAGCGAUGCAGACGGAGGUCAUGUUUUGGCCAAAGUGGCUCAGCGCGCUUUUCCCGGCGCUCCUGGCGAUGCUCUGCCUGCUCCACGCAGCCGGAGCCGACAUCACCUGCAGGUCUUGCCAGUCUGGGAAUAAGUGGCGCGCACGGGAAUUACCGCUUCACUUUGACACGAGUGAAUCCGCAACAGGGCUGCGGCCAAAAGUUUUUGGACGCGGGGAAGAAGCGCGGAGCACCAACGCUGCAGGUGCCGAAAGUCGGAGCCGCCGUUGCGCAGCUGGAUGCGCUCCGGAGGAAGCCGCGGAGGCGCGUUCGACAUGGAAUACAGGCGACGUGCCGGCAAAAGACGACACGAACGGAACAAAGACAAAAGUUUACCGCGGGAGCUUCGCUUCCGGCGUGCGCCACUGGACGCGCGCCAGGCGCAGCAGCGAGGUCCAGACCGGCGGUAAAACCACAUCCACCGGCUUAUCCCGGGGCGCAGACCCCGACCAGGGCAGAGUGCCGCGCUGGAGCGCAGAGGAGCGGAGAGCCGCGAGUCCGAGGCAGGAAGAGCUGAAAGUGAACAGUUCAACGUUCGCCUUGUCCGGAGAUUCUUCCCAUAACCAGGCCAUGGUGCACUGGUCCGGACAGAACAGCAGCGUCAUCCUGAUGCUGACCAAGUUGUUUGACUUCAACCUCAACAGUGUCACUGAGAGUUCACUGUGGAGGUCAACUGACUACGGUGCAACGUACCAGAAGCUGAAUGACAAAGUCGGAGCCAAGACGAUCCUCAGCUAUCUGUACGUCAGUCCCAACAACAAGAGGAAGAUCAUGCUGCUAACUGAUCCAGAGGUGGAGAGCAGUCUACUGAUCAGCUUAGAUGAAGGCGCCACAUAUCAGAAAUAUCGGCUGAACUUCUACAUCCUCAGCUUGCUCUUCCACCCCGAGCAGGAGGACUGGAUCCUGGCCUACAGCCAUGACCAAAAGCUCUACAGCUCGGUGGAGUUUGGGAGGAGGUGGCAGCUGGUGCACGAGGAGGUGGCUCCCAAUCGUUUCUACUGGUCGAAAAUGGGUUUGGACAAAGAACCAGGCUUAAUUCACCUGGAAACCAGCAUCUCUGAAGGGCAGGCGCUGUACGUCACCUGCAAGCUGCAGAACUGCACAGAAGCCAAUAAGGGCAAACCAUUCCCUGGCUACAUUGACCCCAAUUCUCUGGUGGUGCAAGAUGAGUAUGUGUUUGUCCAGGUGUCGACCACGGGGAAGCCAAUCUACUACGUGUCUGCUAAACGAGACGUCUUCACUCCCAUGAAGCUGCCCAAGUACACCUUACCCAAAGACUUACAUGUGAUCAGCACUGAUGAAAACCGCGUGGUGGCAGCUGUUCAAGAGUGGAAUCAGAAUGAAACCUACAACCUCUACGUGUCAGAUACAUCAGGAGUCUACUACACUCUGGCCCUGGAGAGUGUGGUCAGCAGCAUGGGCCCAGAGGGUAAUGUGAUGGUGGACCUCUAUGAGGUAGCAGGAAUAAAAGGGAUGUUCCUUGCCAACAAGAAGACGGAUAACCAAGUGAAGACGUACAUCACGUACAACAAAGGAAGAGACUGGAGGUUACUGCAGGCCCCCAGCAGGGACUUGAGGGGGAACAACAUUCACUGUGUUCUUCCAUAUUGUUCUUUACAUCUCCACCUCCACGUGUCAGCAAAUCCUUACACAUCUGGAAACAUAGCCAGCAGGGAGUCGGCACCAGGGAUUAUUGUUGCAUCAGGUUCCAUUGGUGCAGAGUUGACCACCAGCAACGUCAGCGUGUUCAUCACCUCGGAUGCGGGCAAUGUCUGGAGACAGAUCUUUGACGAGGAGUACGCAGUGCUGUAUCUCGACCAAGGAGGAGCCUUAGUUGCAAUAAGACACACUCCGCUUCCCAUCCGCCACCUGUGGUUGAGCUUUGAUGAAGGACGAGAGUGGAACAAGUACAGCUUCACCAGCUCGCCUCUGUUCGUGGAUGGGGUACUGGGCGAGCCUGGCGAAGAGACGCUCAUCAUGACAAUAUUUGGACACGUCAGUCAUCGCUCCGAGUGGCAGCUGGUGAAAAUAGAUUUCAGGUCCAUCUUCAACAGGAGGUGUACAGAGGCGGAUUAUCAGACCUGGCACCUACAUAACCAGGGCGAGCCGUGCCUCAUGGGGGUGAAAAGGAUCUACCGCAAGCUGAAGCCCACAUCCAGGUGUGUUAUGGGAAAGACUUACUCUGUGUCCAUGACAUCGGGCCCCUGCGACUGCACAGAAGCUGACUUUGAAUGCGAUUAUGGCUACGAGAGGCGGAGCAACGGGAAGUGCACCCCCGCUUUUUGGUUCCAUCCAUCGUCAGCGUCCAGGAGCUGCACCACAGGGAUGACUUUUCUUAACAGCACUGGCUACAGGAAAGUAGUGUCUAAUAACUGUACGGCCGGAGUCAGCGUGGAGUACACCGCCAGGAGGCAACAGUGUCCCAUCCAAGCACCGAAAGGUCUUCACCUGGUCACCAGUGAGGGCACGCUCACAGCGAUUCUGGGUGCCAAUGUCACCUUCCUUGUCUUCCUGGAAGAGGGCGAUGGCGCAAAAACAAGUAUCACGCUGGACUUCGGAGACGGACACGCGCUGACAUAUUCCAACGUGAGCUCCAUCGAGGAUGGGAUCAAACAUGUCUACAAAUCAGUGGGAAUCUACCGAGUGACCGCCACUGGGGAGAACAGCCUUGGUGUAGAGACUGCCAUACUCUACCUGCAUGUCACAUGUCAGCUGGAGUAUAUCCAUCUCUCGGCUCCCUUUGUGGCGGUGAGGAAUAAGGAAGUGAACCUGACUGCUGUGCUGCUGCCCAGCCAAGUGGGAACGGUCACCUACAUCUGGUGGAUCGGAAAUAACACAGAGCCGGUAAUCACCCUGGAGGGAAGUGUGGCUUGCACAUUCUCCCAGGAAGGCAUCAAUACAGUCACGGUGCAGGUGUCUGCGGGGAAUACCAUUCUGCAGGAUAAGAAAAGCAUUUCUGUCCACGAAUAUUUCAGAUCUCAUCUGCUCGCUUUCUCAUCUAACCUGGACGACCACAAUCCUGACGUUGCAGAAUGGAGGCUGGACGUGAGCAGAGUCAUCAAGAACGCUCUGAUCCACGCCACAGGUGUGAGAGAGGACCAGCUCCUGGUCACCGUUCUCCCAGGAUUACCCACUGCAGCAGAGUUUUUCCUUCUGCCUGACAAACAGAUGACAGACAGGAAACCAGACAAGCAUUCAGCUCAUUUAGAUCAGCUGUCUGAGGUUUUGCUCAGUGCCCUGAAUCAAAACCUUGUCCAGUUCACGCUGAGACCAGGGGUUCAAGUCACAGUGUAUGCAGCGCACCUAUCAGCAGCACCCCUAGUGGACACUGCUGAGAUCCACAGUGGCUCUGCCAUGCUAAUGCUGCUGUCGGUAGUGGUUGUGGGUUUAGCUGUAUUUGUCAUCUACAAAUUCAAAAGGAAGAUCCCAGGCCUCAACGUCUAUGCGCAGAUGCAGAACGAAAAAGAACAAGAAAUGAUGAGUCCAGCUAAUCCAACAGAGGCCACGCCCAGCUCACAGCAGGACUUGGUGCACUCUUUGGAGAUUCUGGACACAGAGUUCAACACACGGCCCAUCGAUGUGAAAUGGGUUCAGUCCAGUCAAGAGAUGAAGGAAGGCUAAAACACGAGAUGUAUGAAACCUCAUGUACAUGUGAAAUUCUCCACAGAACUCCCAACGUACAUCAUCUAAACUCUGGACUGGAUUAACAAUCCAGAUGGAUCAUGGAUUCUAAAUUAUUAUUUUUUCCCUACAUUUGGGACACAGUGGUUUUGAGCUUUAUACGUGUGCAUGUUGGAUCCCGCUGACACAUACUGUGCUCUGAUAAAAACCAGAAGAAACUGUGUACAGGUUAUUUUGAGUCAUUCCCACAUAUGUCUAUAAAUGACGUUUUGAAAAUCCCAUUGAUUUGUACAAGCUGCGAUCCAUGAUUCAGAGGUCAAACCAGCAUGAGCUCGAGAUGGGAAAAUGCAACAAGCUUCAGUGUUUCUUAUCCUGGUUCCACAACGCUAACAGGAGAAGUGUAUGAAUGAUUCAUAUGGACAUACUUUUACAAAUUAUAUAAAUUUAUUAAAAAAAAAAGAAUAUCUGUUAGAAAUGUGUGUAUUUUAAUAACAAAUAUACUUAACAGAAAUGCUCAUAAAAUAUGAAUAGGG